AUGGCGGAUGUUGAAUCACUAUUCGAUUUUAUUCACAUGGAAAUCGUAGCUUAUUUCCUCAAUAAACCGGGAAAAAAUAUCGACGUAAGUGUAUUUACAGCUUCAAAAUUGGUCCUUGAAUAGCUCCUUAUAAAAAAUAUACGUUAAUCAUAUGUGUAUUCGAGAAAUUUGCUUUGCAAAGGUAUGAAAACUCAUAUUGUCAUUAGAUUGAGCUUUAGUGAGUGUGGCUUGUUCUUGUAGAAUGAUGUUAUUCAAAACCUUGAGAGACUUGGUUUCAGCGUUGGACAAAGACUAGUUGAAAGGUAAGAGAGAGGAACGACCACUUGUUGUUUAAGUUUGCUGUUAGACGUAUGGUAAAGUGACAUCUAACAUAUUUAACUCAGCUUUGGAAGCAGUCGUCCGCUUAUUUCAUAAGACCACUUUUAACAGGAUACAUAUGUACAUUUUCUCGUUAGGUUUACUAAAGAUUCUCCCCGCUUUAAAGACGAGUUAGAGAUCAUGAAAUACAUCUGUAAAGAUUUCUGGACAGCGGUUUAUAAAAAGCAAAUUGAUAAUUUAAGAACCAACCAUCAGGUAUGUAUCUGAUUAAUAGACCAUAUCACUUGUUUGUUUUGUUGCUUCAUUGCAGCUAAGGUGAAAUUCUCAAGACAUUGGAUCCUUUGUCUUGUUGGAAAGAAAUGGUGCUUUCCAUUAACAAAAAAUUGGGGUUUGAAAUUUCGGAAAUUCCAUGUACCCAAUGGAACAGUAUAUUCUGGUUCCACAGACCCGAGCCAAGGUACUGCGCAUUGGGUUAUUGUACUUGUUUCCAGGAUACAAAAGAGUGGUACUUGGGACAACAAUUUUGUCAAAUGGAAUUACAGACAUUUCGCUUCGACUGACUGAAAUGACCAGACUGGUCAAAGUGGAUCACUUUGAAAGGUGAUCUCAAUCCCCGUCACUUUUAUUUUGGUCGAACCGAACCGGAAUGGUCCAUUCCAUUUGAUUUCUAACCAAAAUUUCCAGAAUUUUGGUCUGAAUAAAAGGCCCCCUUGAGUAUUGCCACCUGUUCUACAUUGCAAUAGCAAAACAUAUCAGUGAAAAAGGUAUAUAAAACUUAUUUGCCAUUGGUUUAAAUGUCAUGUGGUUGAAGAGCCCAAAGGAUUAGUGAAGCUCUAUUCAAUUGCCCUUUCACUGACCACACAGAAAUCUCCCCUAGGGAUCAGUUUAAGCUUGAGCCACACCCACAUCCCUGUCACUUUUAUAUGGGAGUUCCCCCUCCCCCCUUCCCCCAGGUAUACAGCCCUGCAGACUUGGGGGUGGCCACCAAAUUUUACUGUCUUGCCCUUAGCCUUUUUUCUAGGUUUCAUUUUGCAUCAUUAAACAGGAUCAUCAUGUCCCAUUUAAGGAAAUUAUUAAAUUCCAAAUUGUCUGGCCAUUUUUUUUAGGCAUAAGCAGUGCAUAAUUUUAGCCUUUUACUUGUAAUGAGUUGAUUAUGUUCUAGUUGGAUGGUUGUCAAAUCUCGUGAACAAUCUACAUUAUCAAGAAAUGAUAUUAUAUGUCUCAUCUUUUUUCAGUCUCUCAACUGAAUAGAUUGAGUCCUAGUAGAAAAAAAGGCUCUACCUGCGAAUGAUGCUUUACCCUUUAUACACUCUUUCAUCUUGUUUGAUAACCAGUCUUAACAGCCAUUGAAACUUAGACUGGAUUGAACGGCGAAGAUUUUGUUUUAACUUCUCUUGUCUUUUUGUGAAGGGUACAUAUGUACUUCAGGAUAAUAACUUCCAGUUGUUAACUCAAAUGUCAGAUGGGAAACAGUACACUGAGGAGGCUCGUAAGGUUUGUGGAUAUUUUACCCUUCUUAAAUUUUUAAUUUAUAUACCGGUAGUGUGAUUAAAAGAGAAAAAAAAUCCUAAAGACAAAUUAUAAAGAUUGCAAAUUGCACUGACUUCAAAGUUCCUGCAAUGGUUCAACUUCGAAAAAAAACUGAACAACUAUUUCUUCAUGUUGAAAAGAAAUUUAUGAGCAUAUUUUGUCUGGGACAGUGUUAUUGGCAUAUGUGCGUGAAAGCUUUUCUCUCAGUGCUGAGUAGCUUAAUUUAAUGUCUAGAACUUUUCUUCGUGUAUGUUGCUGAAGAUUCUUAAAAUAGACUCAUCUACUCGUGAAAAACAAGAGUAUUCCAUGUGUCAUGAUUCUCAAAGAAGAGAAAAAGAACCAAGUGUGUCUGUUCUGUUUCAGUUCUUGGCUUUCCCAUGUGGUCUUAUUCGAGGCGCACUAUCAAACUUUGGCCUUACUUGCUCAGUCAGUGCUGACGUGCUCUCUAUGCCUAAAUGUAUGUAU